UCCAGGCUAUCAAUGCGGAAGUGGCUAUCAAUGGCAAUAGUGCUACCUGGUAUUAGUGUUUUUAUUGCAAAAAAAACGGCCACAAAUAUAGAACAUAAGAGCAGGUUGUUAAAUACUGCGAGACGUAGGUUUGUGCUGUGUUCUCUGACAGUGUGUUCAUGGGAAAAAGUGUGUUAUGGCUUCCAUCACUGUUAAUUUGGGUGAAGUGUGCAGGAAGCGUCAUGUCGCUUGUUAGCCAGUAAGUUCCCUCACUAGCUUAACUCACUUCUUUCCUAAAGUGUCCACCGACCGCCACAAUGAAAGUACGCUCGUCGGUUUUCGCCUCGUUUAUUUUAAUCUUCGAAGUGAUGGGCAUCGCCCUCUUCCUGCGAGGAUUUUUCCCAGUACCUGUCAAGUCCUCUUUUUCAUCCAAGAGCAAGCUGUCAGAUCUGCCCAAGGAGCCGCUGACAGGGAGUUCUCCCAACUCAUCCCACCUCCCUCAGCCCCUGUUCAAAAGGGUGGUCAUCAUGUUAGUGGAUGCCCUCCGAGAGGACUUUGUGUUUGGACCCAGUGGACGCAUGUACAUGCCCUACACCAGACACGUGGUGGAAAAGGGCUCUUCCCUCAGCUUUAUUGCCAAAGCCAGACCCCCUACUGUCACCAUGCCCAGGAUCAAGGCUCUUACCACUGGCAGUAUCCCAGGCUUCAUUGAUGUGGUAAUGAACCUAAAUUCUCCCGCGCUGUUGGAAGACAACCUCAUUUGGCAGGCCAAAACUGCAGGGAAGAGGAUAGUCUUCUACGGGGAUGACACCUGGGUACGCCUCUUCCCAAAGCACUUCAUGGAGUUUGAUGGCACGACCUCCUUUUUCGUGUCUGACUACACGGAGGUUGACAACAAUGUAACCCGUCACUUGGACAGCACGCUCAAGAGAGACGACUGGGACAUUUUGAUUCUCCACUACUUGGGCCUGGACCACAUCGGUCACAUCAGUGGACCACACAGUUCACUCAUUCAACCCAAACUGCUGGAGAUGGACGACAUCCUGAAGAAGAUCCACAGUAGUCUCAUUACAAAGGAGGCGGAGGGGUCCUUGCCCUACCUGCUGGUGCUGUGCGGAGACCACGGCAUGUCGGAGACCGGCAGCCACGGAGGCUCCUCCGAGCCAGAAGUCAAUACCCCUCUGGUGCUGAUAAGUCCGGCCUUCAAAAGAAAAGGGGGAAUGGAGAAGCCUGCGGUGGUGGAGCAGGUUGACCUGACUCCAACCCUGGCCCUGGGACUCGGCCUGCCCAUAUCUCAGAACAGCGUGGGCCGCGUCAUCCCGGGCGUCUUGGACGAGACCACUCUCAGAGAUCAGCUGCGCUUCCUGCAUCUCAAUGGACACCAGCUCAGCUGCCUGCUCAAAGACAGCGUUCCUAACUACGAGAAAGACGAAGGUUUUGAGCAGUUUCGAGUGGCGGAAAAGGCUCAUGGGAGCUGGAUGAAGCGCUACCUGGAAGGGAACACCUCUGAGGUGCUGACCAACAUGGGCAAAAAGGUCCUGAAGCAGUAUCUGGAGGCAUUAGCUGCCAUGAGCUCUGCUCUCAGCAAACAGCUGGGCAAGUACGACAUGUACUCCAUGAUAGCGGGCAUGGUCUUCGUGUUUCAGCUCCUGCUGGUCUUACUGCUGGCUAUGCCCGAAGCCCUCAGCGGUGCAGCGACAGUGGACCUCCCCGUCCUCUCGGCCCUGCUCUCCCUGCCUUUCUACCUCCUGUGCCUGCUCCUGGCGUCAGUGCACGUCUUGGUGUGCACUUCCGCCGAGAGCUCCUGUUACUUCUGCAGCCUCUCCUGGGGUCUCGUGUUUGCCGCCGUCGCCUUCUCCUCAGCCAUGUUUUGCAUUCUGGUCUCCAUGGCAACGCGGAGGCUCCCCCUGGGAACGAAGAUUCACGGGAAGUCCCCAGUGAGGAGCAGCGGCGGUGAGUGGUCGCUGUCAGAGCUGGACGUCUUGUUGCUUGCCGGCACCGUCGGGCACACGCUCAGCUUGGCGGCCAGCAGUUUCGUCGAGGAGGAGCACCAAACCUGGUACUUCCUGCUCAACACGCUCUGUCUCGUCGUCUUCCAGGACGUCUGCCGCAAGUAUUUCAGAGAGCAGCGCGGCUCUGGGGACGAAGAAGAGCUUUUACUCCCCUCCAAAGACUGCCAUUCCUCCGCUCACCCCAAAGCGCAGCUUUACUCUGAGAAGUGGCUAGCAUUAGCUACGCCGCCCUUCACUCUGGUCUGCUGCAGGCUGCUGCGCUCCCUCAACCAGACCGGGGUGCAGUGGGCUCAUCUUCCUGAUGUCGGGCAUUGGCUUAACAGCUCCGAACACAAGACAGUGCUCUCCCUGCUGUCUGCUUUCUGUUUGGUUCUUAUCUACCUCCUGGUUCAAAGACGCUGCUCGUGGGUCUCCAAGGUUGCCCUCGCCCUCGGACUUUUGGGUGUCUACUGCUACCGGGCAGCUGUCGGCAAUGUCUUGUUUCCCUGGCAACACUCCGGUCGAACUAUGUCCAAGGGGACAGUGGAGGCCCGCUUUGUUUAUGUCUUUGUUUUGGGCAUCCUCUUCACCGGCACCAAGGACCUGUUGCGAUCCCAAAUCAUCACAGCAGAUGCCAAGCUGAAGAGCAGGGGAUUAUGGGAGAUUUACAGCGGCUUGGUUCUGUUGGUGUCGCUGCUGUUUCGUGCUCACAACCUGCCGGUGCUCUGCUGCUGUCUAUUGAUCCAGACGCUCAUGGCUCAGUUUAUCUGGAAGAAACUCCACUAUGACGCAGCUCAGACCACCAUCAUGCACUACUGGUUCGGUCAGGCCUUCUUUUACUUCCAGGGCAACUCCAACAACAUAGCCACCGUCGACAUCUCAGUUGGCUUCGUUGGACUGGAAAGCUACGUGGAAGCACCUGCCAUUUUCUUAACAGCCCUCAGCACUUACGCCGGUCCGCUGCUGUGGGUCUGUCACCUCGUCUGCCACCUCAGCUCGGAGAGAGACAGGAGCCCGGUUGCAGUCGGCCAUGGCUGCUACUGCCUGGCCCUGCUGAGGUCCGUGCCUACCGCUGCGUACAUCGUGCUGGUAACCGUUCUCCGAUAUCAUCUCUUCAUAUGGAGCGUCUUUUCGCCCAAACUGCUCUACGAGUCCAUGCACCUCCUGCUGACCGCCGGGGUCUGCCUCGUCUUCAACGCCAUGGAGCAGAGCUCAAGUAAGUCAUAGGAAGACUGUAAACAUCCCCUUGAAGGGCCGGACACAGUCCACUCAUACUGUGGGAAAGACUUUCGGACUGAUACACGCGACAAUAUUCUCAUCCUUUGUAAUUAACCCGUCCACGGUACGUGAAUAGAAGUGGGUUCGGCGCGGACACUCAAGGAAUGCACUUGUUAUGUUAUAUUUAAGCGGUCUAUUUAAAUAAUUUCCUCUUUCAGAUGAAAAACAUGAAUAAAAGUGAGAUGAUGAUGAUUUUUGAAUAACUUUUUAGACUGUAUAUUACCUCAGGGACUAGUGUACGGUGGGCCGCAGAGUCUCCGCUCCACAUUUAACUGAACGACUUUGAUACAUGGGAAAAAAGUUCAGAAGCCGAUGAUGCUAACAGCUAGCAAGAUAACUACUGCGUAUCUUAAUGUAAAGGCUUGUUAUUUUUUUUUUUUUCUUCAAUGGGGGAAUAUGAAUGUUUUGCUAAAAUAUGCUGUAAAUUACAAUAUAUUAAAUUAACAUUUAUACCAUUUCCUGCUCUUCAAAAAUGGCCCGUUACGAGGUUGUGAAUACCAAGCGAAGGGGCUGCCGGACGCUCUCGUAUGCACACAGCGUAUGUCUAGACUCACACCUUUACUGUUUUCCAUUUACUUUAGCUGAACGUCAUUAGCUUGAAUUUGGGCCGAGCAAUCCUGGGAAGUAUGCGAGGCCACUAGACUCACUAAGUGUUUUUUGUCUUGGACAGAAGAGCGCGAAUGCGAAUCAUAAAUGUAUUUACGACUCCGUUUCGUUAGCAUUUAGCUGCUUCAGUCUCAAGGUCCUGGUAUUGUUGAGGCCAAUUUAAAUGUGAUUAGAAACACGUGUCAUUUUUUUUUUUUUCUUUUUUCUUUCCUCUUUUCCGAAGUUAAAAUCUCUCCUGAAAAAAAAAGAAAGAAAAAAAGUGUAGCGAUUGAUCACAAGUGUAUGAUUUGCCUACAGUAGAAGGUAGAGCGAGGUGUCAGUCAUGUAUGUGCCCACACAGUCUUGAGGAGAGGGUCUAAUCAGGCACCUGUGUGGGUGUAACGCGCGGGGUGCAGAGUGGGAGUUUUCAAGACACUACAAAGAACGUUUUCCAGCGUGCUGCACAGACCAUUAGGUAAAAUAUUAUGUGAUCUUUUUUUCUUUUUUUUUAUAUACUUUAUUCCAAAUCUCAUGAGAAUUUAACCAAUUACUGGUGACAUUUUGGAAAUGUUGACACAAAGCAGCGCUAGAUGAACUCCGGUUUGUGUAUGUUAGCAUGCAAACUUCCUCAAAGAGUGGGGGAGACGCUGCUUCAGUUUUUAGAUCCUUUCAGAGGAAAUUAACAUUCAUAAAGUUUAGGCCUCCUACUUUCUAACCUUCGUUUCUGUUUGCAGUAUUAAAUGAGGGCUGCACCAUAAGCUAAAGUCAAAUAAGCUAUGCAUUGCCUAAAUUAAGAUAUUUCCACAACUUAAGUUAGCAAACAGAAAAAGGGACAUUUCUAAGCUCUAAUAGAGAUAAUUUAGCAGCAUUUCAGAGGAAACAUUUUUAGCUGCGUACACUAACAAUUAGAGGCCUGCGUCGUUAAGGGCACCAGACCCACUGGUCUGUUUUGCACAUUGAUUAUUUUUUAAAUUUAUUUUAGUAUGUCUCAUUAAUGAUUUAGCCAUUAGGCUCAAGAUCAGUCCAAGGUGUUGGUGGGAAACUUGUCUGGGUUGAUUCAGAUGCAGAACUGUGUGAAACAUCAUUACAGCACAACUUAAAGAUUAUUUUCUACUUUCGUUUUGCCUUUUGUUCGUCUCGUGACUUGGAUGCACCUGUCGGGAUCUAAAGCAACUCUAGCAGCGCGACGCCGACUCUCAACCCCCUUUAACUUCACUCAGUCUUUUCACUCGGUGUCACAGACAAUGCCACCAAAGUGAAGCCGGCAAGUCAGCUGGCUUUGAUCCAGAGCAAUAAAGGUAUGGAGCCAAAAGAGCAAACCGAGUGUCGCUGUCCAAGUACUUACGGCGCGUUAUUACGCCAUCUCUGUGAUUGCUUGAACUCUUGUUUUGAAAGUGAAAUCUGAAAAUGGAAACCUCCGCAGUCCAAGUCCCAUUAAAGCCUCCUUGUGGGGCCUAAGCUCUCCGCCUGUGUAACGUCGCUUCAUCACGAUCAUUCAUGUGUUAUAAAUACUGUUCCCACCUCCAUUAUGGGGGUCGUCUAUUUCAGCAGAAUGUGACGUAAACUAGAAAACAGAAGCAGAAGACUUCCAGCGGUAGUUUUGUUCUCUUACGAGCGUCUGUGAUGAACAGCUGUGACUACUUCAAAGCUUCUGGUUGUUUAUAACCUGGCAGUUCUACCCUCAUCAUCAUCCUCGGAGAAUUAACCAGGGGAGGGAAAAAGCGAGCUGAAAGACUGAGUGUUAAAGCCGCAGCGUGCAACUUUUCACCUUCAGGCAAAGAAGUGAAUCACAAGUUCCCACCCCUACACUUGUCACUCACCUUGAUGAGCUGUCUGCCUUGAAACAGCAUCUCGCCCAGGGCUAGGAUCAUUGACAUCCCCCCAAGCCGCCACAGGCGUCGGGGAAGCAGGUGCCAACCCGGGAAAAAGGGAGGAGGAGAAAAUGAAAUUUAAAAAAAAAAAAAAAAAGCAGUGCUGGUGUUCGCCGCGUUUAUGAAUAGAUUGUCGUCUGAUGCGAGACGAGCUUUACUCUUUGUUUUGCUUGUCGCCGCGGUUGUCGGCGUGAUUCACCUUGACAGGGACCUCACUCCCGACCGCACUGACAGAAACUGGAAUUUAAAUGUCCGGAGCACCAUUGGAACGUCAGACAAACAAGAGGAUUUGCAUUUCGCGCACACAGGGUCAGUGGGUGACACAUGCUGCAUAUGGAUCACUGCAGGUCAGCUGUUUUGCAUCAGAGGCAGGGCUCACUUAGCUUUGAGGAAGCCGGGCUCGGAGCUAAACUGGCACAUACUUUUGUCAAGUGCCUUUUCUUCUCUUUAGCUGAGCAGCAGAUCUCACGCAGGCUUCAGAUAACAUCCGAUGUAAAUAUGUGAUGAAGCAGCAUCUACAUCAGUGUUCAGUACGCUUCAUGUCGCUGUGCUGUAGCAACGUCUUUACAAACGGAGCUGUUAGCCCAACCAGAUGGUGGCUGUUUGUGCAGGUUACUCCCCGCGAUUGUUAUUCUUGAAGGCGAUUUAGAAUAAUUUGGAAUGCGUAGCAAUACAUUUUCUCAAAUGGAGAUCGAUUUUCUGUUGAGAGAGAUAAAAAUGAUUGCUGUUACGGGCCGCUCUCUGUGUGCGUUUCUACUGUGCAGAUGAUGAAUUAUCCCUGAUAGAGUUACAUCCAUCUGCAUCUCGUCAGCGUCCUUGCUCUUGAAGGAAAGAUCUGUGAGGCUAGCCUACAAUACUGAUCCGUUCUGUGGGAUUUUGAGAGACUACUCCUUUAGUCGGCCCAGUUUUAGUUCAUUAUAAGGGUCAUUUAUUUAGCGGGGGGGUUAUUUGGUCUUUGGGUGUGUUUUCACAGAUCCUCAUCUGUUAAUUCUGAGCAUAACGCAUCAGUUCUUCGUUCUGUAGUGGUGAGCGUAACAGCUGAACUUCCACAUCUUCACUGUUGGUGCUCCACAAGUCCAGCUUUAGACACCGCUGUGUAAAUGCAUGAAUGGGUUCAAUGCAGAGAAAGAAAAAAACGAAACCAGCAAGGCCUGCGCGAAAAAACGAAAAGUAAUUAAAACUUUCUCUGACACGCAGUGGAGUGAGACGGAAAGUAGCAGAGCCAUAACAACAGAACGUAAACUCGAGUAAAACACAGUUUGUUUAUCCCGUGCGAACGCGCCACCACAUGAAACACAAAUGAAGGGAAGUAUCUGAAUCACAGGACGCCCCUUUUUUGACACUUAAAUUUCUGUUUUGAGAGGAUUUUCAGGUUUUUUUUUUUUUUUUAGAGCUACAGUCUUAAACUUUUGAUCAGCUGACCAGCCACCAUGAAGUGUUGCCGACUUUCUCCUCGCUACAGUCUCGGCCCAGAGCCGCUGAAUCUCCUUCAUCCUCUGCAAAAAUGUGUUUCUCAAACCUCCUUCCUGCCUCAAAGGCAUGGGCCACUGGGUUAACUGAGAGAAAACUCUCUUUCUGCCUCGUCCUCUGACAUAUUUUCUCCCUAAACUGCGUGUUCUUCAAUAGCGUCCAAAGCAGCUAACACACAGUUAAUGCUUUGUUCUCUUUGGCGGCACCUGUGGCAAUAAGUGGUAAUUGCGGAGGGACGUCUUUUUGAACCUCCUUUCUCAGAGAUCCAAAUAAUGUCCCAUGUGUGACGUCCCCAGUCUGAUGAACAUUCACUCCGCCAACUGUCUCUGGCACAAAGAUGCACCUUCUGGGAUAUGGAUCACUAACCGAGUGGGAAUGUCUCCACAGACACCCAGUUCCUGUAAUACUGUAAAUACAAGUAGAUUCAUGUAAUUUCAGUCUGGUUCACCUGUAUCGUUGUUAACUAAUGUGGCGACAGGUGGUGCCUUAGCAGACAUGACUUAUUUAAACAGAAAUCUGUGAGAUUUAAACAACAGAAAUGUGUGAGUUUUUAGAAACAGUUAAACGUUUUACUGUGUUGUAAAGAUCACACAUUUUCACAUCAAUACAUCAGCGUGAGAAUAUCUAAGAAGAACUGGUUUCUGGCUGAAGAUGACUCAAGUGCUCAGCUCACACAGACGAAAAUACGUCUCGACGCACGGCCUUGCUGGUUUCUCAACUUAUUUUUGAAAAAAAGGAUUCCCGGUUCGUCUGUGAAACGUGUCUGCACCGGUGCAGGAAGAAGCCCCAAAGCAGCUUCUCACAAAUCAGACGGGGCAACACUUUGCGUGUGAAAUCAUUCCUCUGUGUCCAAAUAUCCAGCAGCCCAUGAAAUGGAUCAGAAUAAUUGUUUUGUUCUCAUGGUUGAAAGCUUUCAAGUGCGCGGUGUACGUCACGAAGAAGCUGGACUGUUUUCUUUUUUUGUAUUUUCAUUCUUUGCUGAAAUAAUUUUUGUGUUUGUGUGGCGUGUUGAUUUAGUCGCCAAGGGUGUUCAUGUCAACCUGUGUUGUAGGAAAAAAAAAACAUGUGUUAGAAAAUAAAAUGUAUUAUGUUGUUUUGUUUUGUUUUUUUUGAAAAAUGUCCGACUGUAAAGCAGCUAUAAGAACAAAACCUUGCAUCUGUUAACAUCCCACUGGUUGUUUGUAUGUAGUUUAUAGUAACUAUGCAAUUCAUCUUGUUCAUGCAUCCGGUCAUUUUCACAUGUUUUCUCUGUCUGUGAUUCCUUUUGUCCAGUUAAUUGUUGAAAUUGAAAUCAUCCUUGAAGUUAACAUUGCCUUUUUUUUCCUUACUUUAAUGUCUGUAUUUUCUGAUUUUGAAUGCUUCUUCGACGUCCUUGUUUGCAAAGCUCUGCAACCACUGUGAAUGAAAGAAAGGCGGUAAAUUAACCAAAAUCACGUGUUGACGUUCUUAACAAUAAAUUAAAUGACUCGCUCUGCA